AUGGGCCCGCCAAACCAUGCUCCCCUCCCGCGUGCACGCCACCAUUCACAGAACUUGGAUACUUACGUCGACUCUCUCGCACAGCAAAUUGCGGACUUUAAGGAAGAUAUUGAUAACGAAUUCAUUGGGACCAAACGACAGGUUCAACUGGUAACCAAGGAGCAGACCCAACAGGACAAGAGGCUCCAUGCCGCUGAAGAAAACACUGAAACUAGGUUCGAAGUUACUGACGCUCGCAUAACGCAAUGCACACAGAACUUCUUGGCCCUACGGCAAGAUUUUCAGAGUCUGCGUCAGGAGCUAUCUAAUUGGCCUCGCCAUGAUGUUCUGGAUGAUAAGCUCGGCAAAGUUUCCGGCGAGCUUCAAAACUCCACGCAAAAGCUACGGCGUUUAGAGACCCUCGUCCUCAACAUGCAGAAGCAGUUAAAUGCGCCGAAGCAUUCUCUGUUCCAGGUGGACUCUACGAACGAGACGCCUUCUACUUCUUGCCUUUCUCAUCGGAUCGGGGACAAUGGUGUCGACGAUUCAUGCGACGAUCCAGAUGCGGACCUGUGCUCACACUUCGCGAAUUUGUCGAUCGAAUAUCCAGAGACGUGCACUCUUGACAUAGAGAUACAAGAAUGGAAGAUGCAUGAAACCACAAUCGACGAGGCUUUAUCUUCAUCUCUGUUCAUGGAGACCGUUCAGGAGGAGAGUUGGGUUUUACAGCUGGUAUACUCUUUAACCGCACAUUUUCUGACUUUCCCUGACUUUCUGUCCGGCUCACAGGCAGCAAACGAGGACCACGUUCAGCAUGAAGACGAUCCACCCCCGAUGGAAAGUCUUCUCAUAAAACUCACGUUCACAUUACAGUUGCCGCCGCCUCCCGUAUCUCCAUUGUUGGAGCCGUCAAAACCGGAGAGCGCUUCUGUCAAUAGUGACAUCGAAGACGUACCUGAUAUCUCAGAGAACACGACUGUAGGCCAAACGAUCAUUUGGGCGGGGGAACUAGCUGGUACCCCCGGAUCGCAUAUCCAUACUGCACAGUUGGACUUUCAAGGUAUCAUCUUGAGUCAGGCUUUCAAGGUCAGCGAAGGGGCCGCGUUUGUAGCCACGUCAGGUGAAGUUUCUAGCUAUGCAGCAAACAUCAUUGACAAUAUAUUCAGGAUCUUCGCCUACAUCAGCGCCUUCUGGACACUACGAGCUGAUGAUCGGACUUAUGAAACCGUUUCUACCCAAACGCUCAAAGGCACUUCAUGGCUGCGCGCUGAGGACACUGCGUAUCCUUUUUCAAAAGACACAUGCCUCCUAGGGGGAGACUUGGGCCAACUCGUCCACGUCCAGACGUCACGCGUCAAGCUUGGUAAGCUGUUCCCGAAAGCGGGCUGGACUGCGCUAAACCAAACCCAGACCCGCAAGGACCUACGCGCUUCCUCAGUGUUCGGCACUCGAGGUCUUCAAAUCGAUAAUACGUUGAUUAUUGAUGAAGAAGAGCCUACCACUCCCCAAAGAUUUGACACGCUUAGUGACGGAUUCCGCUCUCGAGUUCGCGUUUCAGUCGAGACGCUCGACAGACCCCAUGCUAACGCGCAAGGGAAUCACGCUGGUAAUGAUGUGGUCAUGACAGACACUGCGGAGCACAACGCUCACGAUGCCGAUGCGGAAGGGAAUAUGCGCAUCAACAUGAGCCCGAAUCCUCUGUCGUCAGCUGAAGCUCAAGUUCACAAUUUACAAUACGAUUCUCCUCUGCCAAACCCUACACCGCCGGCUGUCGUGCCUAUUGGAUCUGUCGGCACUUCUGCUGCGUUUCCCAUCCCCGCUGUACCUAGUACUCCUACUCCUGGCACUACUGAUGUUAAACGCUCUGAUCAGCCCGCCUUCGUCCCUACAGCCAAUGGUACGGCCACGAACGCCAAUGGCACGGCCUGGUUUAGAUCUGAUGCUCUCCCCCCGUUUGGCAUCGCCUCCGCUGCUGUCCCAGCAAAAACUUCGUCACACACCGAGAAGGCGCGUCUUGGCCAUCCUGAUAUCACACAUAAAGAUGAAAAGAAUGAGGAGGAUAAUGUUGAUGUUGUGAUGACAAGUUUUGACGAGAAAGGUCCCGAGGAGCUGGAGAAGGACCCUAACUACAAUUUCCAAGUCGAUGCAGCUUUAGCACAUUUAGUAAACGGGCCAAUGAAUGUUGGGGCGACCAAAGGUGACAUAGCCGUGCUAGUCAACAUAAUUCAAGAUCUUUGCGACAAGUGGGCCACACAACGGCCUUCUAUCCGGGUCACCCGUCAGAACCAGCAUCAGAUUUCAAACGUGGAUUCGGUUCUGUCGGCGACGGCCGGACCCGGAGGAAAAUCAAUUUACCCCCGGAGUGGAGUGCCCACACAUCGAUGCAAAGAAACUCUGACACUUCAGGUCCGCGUUCAUGCCCUCACUCUGCUAGGCCGCCAUUCAAAGUCGGACCCGUUUCCCGAUCCGCCAACGCAACAAGAACUCACUGUAUUUGAAAAGUUCAAGCGUAACGGACCGUCCGCCACCAACUUUCGCGUAGAGCUGCCAGGGCAACCACUGUCCACAUGGAAUAGAGAAGCUGCCGCUGUCUUUGCCGACGAUUUUAUCACGAAGGAGAUGUUUGAGUGCAAGGAAGUUGAAGACGUGAAGAAAGCUUUCACAGCUCACUUCGUGACGUUGCGGAGCCAAUUCCUAUCUCUGCAGGAAGAGAACGAAGAGGUCGACGAAUCCAAGGCUCAACGCCUCUUAGACGAGGAAAAGGAUAGGGCUCGGGAUGCCCGCCGCCGUUGGCUUCGCAAUCGGCGCGCUAGAGCCUGUUUGGCUCAUCCAGACCUCAAACGUUAUAUCAAAAUAUGGAAGAAGUUACCUAUGCGUGCCAUGAGCGGCGAUGAAACCGACCACAAUGGAGAGGUUCGCUAUGCUAUCCUAGGCCACACCUGGCGAUCCUCGUUGGCAACGGAGUGGCUGAGGGUGUUUGACUGCGUCCAUCUCUCCACGCGCUUCCAUGCUGAUGGACGCCCGAAGAGGGGAAAGCUCCCCCAUUAUCGAGUUCCAUCCCGUCGCGUAGAGCACCCUGACCAGCCAGAACCCAGGUUACCCAUCAAUUUUUACGAUGAGCACUGGUAUGCUUCGCUGUCAGAGCUUGAGAAGAAGCGUCUGCAUGCCCUCCCACCUCUAGAUAUGACUCACACAGAGGAUGUUUUAGCGUACGCUCUUCCCGUCCAUACAUGUUUUACUGCCUUUACUGACAUACCUCCUCUAGCCUCGCUCAAAAGUAUCGCCAUGUCAAGAAUAGGAGGAUUAUCGUGA